AUGUCAGUGGUGGGAUCUUUGAUAUUUUGCACAUAUUGCGGGGACUUACUAGAUUCACAUAGCUCUUCAUCAGAUAUAAAAUGCACAAUUUGCCUGGCGACGUAUCCCAAGUCGAAAUUUGCCAAUUUAAAAGUUGUUACCAAAAGUUCAGAUGAUGCCUUCCCUUCAAAGUUGAAACUGGCCAGGUCUGUGGUUAAGACGAGUUUAAGUAAGGACGAGCUAGAUGAAGGUGCAACUAUCAAAGAGAAAUGUCCCAAGUGUGGAAAUGAAGAGAUGCAGUACCAUACUUUACAACUUCGAUCAGCCGAUGAAGGUGCAACCGUGUUUUACACCUGUCCAAAUUGCGGUUACAGAUUCAGAACUAACAAUUAA